CAGGCGAAAAGAUUGGUAGAACUAGUCGGACGAUACAUAACCGCUAACACACGAUCAAAGUGACACAGCAAACACUCUGUGUGUCCGUAGUGUCACCAACAAUAAUAACAAAAAAAAAGUACCAAACUCUACAUUAUCAAUAGCUUCAUUACUCAGCAGUAGAGGCAACAAACGAACGAACUAAGCGACCAAAAAGCAAGCUCUAGCAGUCAAGUCCGAGUCAGCCAUAAGCCAGGCACACAGUAGCAAAAACGUCCAUUUGUAAUUUCUUCCAUAUGUAAUUGCAAUACACACGCACGCGACGGAGUUUUUUUUUUAUUUGUUAGAAAAACGUAGACUGAACAGAAGCUGCUGUGAGUUGGAGGAAAAAAUUAUAUAUAAAAUAAAAUAAUAAUAAUAAUGAAGUGCACGGCAUGAUUUGAAAAGUGUUGGAAAUUAAAGCAGUUUACGAAAAAAAGUGCAAAAAAGUAAAAAAAAAAAAUUAGAAAUUUCCGAAAAAUAAUUUCGCAGCUAGUAAAAUAUACAUAUAUACAUAUAUGUAAAUGGCAAGACUAUAGGCUAAAGAGCUUGGCAUAGAAAAGUUAAUACGCAUGCGAAAAUAGUAGUAACGGCAGUUGUACGUUAUAUAAGAACACCGAACGUAUUGACGACAUAAUUCGUGCUUCUGCAGUUAAUUAUUAAGUCAAGUCAAGAUGGCCCUUUUUGGAAUGGUGUCGGCCGUUUCGGGCUUUAUAAAAAUUCGAAAUCUCUUGGAUCGUGCAGUUAUCGAUAACAUGGUCUUUCGUUGCCAUUAUAGAAUUACAACAGCGUUGCUGUUUGUUUGCUGCAUUAUUGUAACGGCAAAUAAUUUAAUUGGCGAUCCCAUUGCAUGCAUCAAUGAUGGCUCUAUACCAAUGCAUGUCAUCAACACAUUCUGUUGGAUCACAUACACAUUCACCAUACCCGGUCAGCAGCACCGUCAAAUUGGCACAGAUGUGGCAGCGCACGGCCUGGGCAAUGAAUAUGGACAAGAGAAGCGUUAUCACAGCUACUAUCAGUGGGUGCCAUUCGUGCUGUUCUUCCAGGGACUCAUGUUCUAUGUACCGCAUUGGAUUUGGAAGAAUCUGGAAGAUGGCAAAAUGCGCAACAUCACCGAGGGUCUGCGCGGUUUCAUUACCAUGCCUGAAGAUUAUCGCAAAGAUCGGCAAGAUCGCAUUAUAAAAUACUUGAGAGAAAGCUUGAAUUCGCAUAGCAGUUACUCGUUUGCUUACUACUUCUGUGAGGCCUUGAAUUUCGCCAAUGUUGUGUUGAAUAUCUUUUUGGUGGAUAAAUUUUUGGGUGGCGCUUUCAUGACAUACGGCACCGAUGUCAUUAAAUUCUCAAAUAUGGAUCAGGAGCGUCGUUUCGAUCCGAUGAUUGAAAUAUUUCCACGCUUGACGAAGUGUACUUUCCGUAAAUUCGGCCCGGGCGGUUCACCACAGACGCACGAUACGUUGUGUGUGUUGGCUUUGAAUAUUUUGAAUGAGAAAAUUUACAUUUUCUUGUGGUUCUGGUUCAUCAUUUUGUCCGUGCUCUCUGGCUUGGCUUUAAUAUACUCACUUACUGUUAUAAUGAUGCCGACAACACGCGAAACGAUCAUCAAACGCUCUUAUCGUACGGGACAGCACAAGGAAAUCCAAUUUUUGAUACGCCAGUUGGAUAUUGGUGACUUCUUGGUUUUGCACUUUUUGGGACAGAACAUCAAUACAAAGUAUUACUGUGACUUGGUGCAGGAGCUAUGCCACGUACUCGGCGCUUCGCGUCCGCCAUCGGCGCCAUCCACCUUGGAGAUGCAUCCCAUUUAUCCGCAAGUAGAUCGAUUCGGCAAGGAGACCGAGACAUAAAUCGGUGCGCAGUAGGCGGAAGGGAGCGAAAAGUGCAAACAAAAACAGAUAAUAAAACAAAAACAGAACGAAACAUUAAUGAAAAGAAAGUUAAAACGCCA